ACUGCACCUAGGUACCCUUCCUCGAAAGCUUUCAAUCCAACAUUCUUCUGCAUCUCAGCGUCCUGCCCGCAAGGAAGAAUGGCCAGCACAUUCGAUGUCGCGAAAGCGCGCGAGCGCUUCCCCGCACUGAAACAGGAUCAAGUGUUCCUCGAUAACGCGGGAGGAAGCCAGGCGCUUGGAGAUGUGAUCGACUCGAUUACACAAUACCUCUCCAAGACGAACGUUCAGCUCGGCGCGUCGUACCACACCGGACAGAUCUCGAAUACCAAGUACGAGGAAGGCUACCAAGCCGCCGCGAAAUACAUGAACGCCGGGCGUGACGAGAUAGUCCUCGGCGGCUCCACGACCCAACUCUUCAUGAACCUCGCCGGCGCUCUGCAGUUCAACGAAGGCGACGAGAUCAUCCUGUCAAAAAUGGAGCACGAAACCAACGUCAAGCCCUGGCUCUUCAUGGCCGAGCGCCUCAAGCUGAAGGUCAAAUGGUGGGUCUCCGAGAAACCGGAGCUCAAGCUCACGCCUGAGAACUUGAAGCCCUUGCUCUCACCGAAAGUGAAGUUCGUGGCGUGUACGCACGUGAGCAACAUCUUGGGCACGAUCCAUGAUGUGAGGGCGAUUGCGGAUGCGGUGCAUGAAGCGGGCGCGUUGCUAUGUGUGGAUGGCGUGAGUUUUGCACCGCAUAGAGCCGUGGACGUGAAAGCUUUCGGCGUGGACUUCUAUGCGUUUUCGUGGUACAAGGUAUACGGCCCGCACAUCUCGGUUCUCUACGCCAGCGCCUCCGCCCAGCACCACGUCAAGCCCCUGCCGCACUACUUCAACCCGACCAAAACGCUCGAAGACAAACUCGGCUUCGCGGCCUCAAACUACGAGUGCACGCAGUCCAUCCCGCAGAUAACAUCCUAUCUCACGCCCAUCCUGCCCGCAAUCGCAGCGCACGAAGGCAAGCUGCAAGCCAUUAUUCUCGACUUCCUGAACGCGCGGGACGACAUCACUGUGCAUGGCUCUACGUCUUCCGACCCAGCGGUUAGGGUGCCGACGAUCUCGUUCACGGUAAAGGGCAUGGGGAGUAAGAAGCUCGUCGAGGAGGCGGAGAAGAUAAGCAACUUUGGGUUUCGAUGGGGCCAUUUCUACUCGAAGAGGUUGUGCGAUGAGGUGUUGGGGUUGGAGCCGGAGGCUGUGGCGAGAGUAAGCAUGGUGCAUUAUAAUACGGAGGAAGAGAUCCGAGGGUUGGUGGAAGUGCUGAAGAAAGUGCUUUCUUGAGAGGAUGACCUAAGAGGGUCGGAGCAGUCCAUGGCGCCCGGGGUUAGUUCCAUACCGCUGGUUUUGACACUUGCAAAGUUGGCGCCGCCUGAGCAGUUCCCGGAUUAGGAAGUCCAAUUGCAUCACGUGAUCGAACAUGUGGAGUUGUUUCCAACGCCUGAAGCUCAGGCAUCCAACGCUUAAACAGCACAGUCAUCUC